UAUUUUGUCCAUUAUCAUCAAGUUAAUCACGAUUAGCACGCUUCUGUAAGCUGUUGUUUCUUUUAUAUCAAAGUUGCGUUCUUGUUCUUGUUCUUGUUCACUCUCCUUCAUAGGAAAUAUUGGAAUUAUCCGCUGUAUCUAUGUUUAAACUAUUGGAUCCGAUAAAAGUGAUAUGUUUACGUGUGUCGUCGCUACCAGCGCCUGUUUGGUUGCCGGAGAACGCGAUGGAGAAGAUGACAAGAAUUUCUAUUAUUCUUAUCUGUUUCUUUUUGAAUUACAAAUAUAGAUUUAGAAAACUUAAAUUACUGUGCUAACCGAUUGCAUUGCUACUCUGAUCAGUGAAUCUUUUUCUUUUUUCGUUUUUGUGCAAUUUUUAGUUUGGCCGUUACGCUUGUGCACGCUGGCAUUUCUCUUAUAGGCUAGAUUGCUUUCGAGUUCGGUUUAUUACCACGUACGUGGAUGUUUAUUAACUGUUUGUUGCUUGCAAUUGUUUGACGGAAAAUGAUAUUUAUGUUCCCUAAAUGGUUGCUUCCACACCACUUCUUAGUGAAUUCUUUCUAUCAGUAUUAAGGAAAAUAAGAUGCAAUUAGAAUGAUAUUUGGUCUGGUGGGAUGAUUCUUGCUCUGGGUGCGAAGGCCCCGUUUUCUUUUAAUGCCUGCCCUAAAUAAUGACUUCCGUCAACAUGCAUCCUAACAGUCAAAGGGUGGGCUCGGGAUGAGCUGUAGACUUCUUGGGUUCAAUUCCGCACUAGGAGUCUCCCUAAAUUACAUGAUGCAUGAUUCUAGUGAGCGAGAUUGUGUAACCGGGAUUUACUCCCAAGAAGUGGAUUUGAAGGGUCUAGUCUUGUUCAAUAACUGUGAAAGAAACUUAAUCAGAAGUAUAAUGGAUCGAGGAAGGAGACUGAAUAAGGUCAUUGCAAACAAAAACAGCAAGAUAUACAGGGACCUCAAAGACAUAAUGAGGGAGCACACCCUUUCCUUUCUUCCUGCUAAAUCCCUUUUCAGGUUCAAAGGGGUUUGCAGGGACUGGAAGCUCCAGAUCUCAACUCCUUUCUUUGCUCACAAUCAGUCAAAUAGUUUCCACAAUUGCUCAGGCUUCUUUUGCCAAUCUUUUUCAAGUCCGCCUUCAUUUAUCUCCCUUGACCAGAAUUCAUAUGGGGUUCCAGACCCUUCUUUGUUGUUUUUGCCUGAACCGGUUUACAUCAGGAGUUCUUCCAAUGGCCUCCUGUGCUGCCAGAGUCGCACUGAUGACAAGGCCUACUACAUCUGCAAUCCUGUCACCAAGCAGUGGAAGAAACUCCCAAAACCCAAUGCCGAUCAUGGGUCUAACCCUGCCCUUGUACUCAUAUUUGAACCUUCUAUACUCAACUUUGUUGCUGAGUACAAGCUCAUCUGUGCCUUUUCAUCUGCUGAUUUUGAAAGUGCUAUUGAAUUCGAGAUUUAUAACUCUACAGAAGGAUCUUGGAGAAUUUUUGGUGAGAUAUACUUUGGUGCUGAAGAGCUCAAGCCUAGGUCUGGCGUCCAUGUGAAUGGAAUUAUUUACUGGCUUUUCGACAGUGGUGGGAUUGUUCUUUUUGAUCUCAGCAUGCAGCGGUCACAACGCCUAUAUGGUCAUAAUAAUGGUUGCUUGGGUGUAAUGAACGGGAAGCUUAGUUUGGUUACUGUUUAUAACCAAACUCUAACUGUGAGUGUGUUGUCCAAUACCUACACAAACACAAUGGCGUUGAACAGCAGAGUUAAGGCUUGGGAUACAAAACUUAGUGUCAAUAUCAAUAACAGAUUGGAGCUAAGUGGAGUUCCAACUUUUGGUCCUGCAUACGAUCAGAGACCUGUACUCUAUGCCAGCGGGGAUUUGAUUGUAAUUCGAGGUGAGAGAGGACUUUAUUCAUUUAACAUGAAGACUCAAGAAUUUGUAGGGUUAAGGGCAGAAGCCGAUCAUGAUGAUCAUGAUAUGGUAUUCAUUGGUUAUGUGAACAGUCUUGUUGAUAUCUAGUAGGGCUCUCUUCUUAUACGUGCCUACCUCAUUUACAAUGCUUUCUAGCCGUGCGAUACACAAUGGGCAGUUAUAUUAGGUGGUACUGAUUCGGAACUUACUCAAUGAAGUUAACUAGGGCUUUUGUUACUGAUAGACAUCUUGCUUCCCCUUUUUCUGCACAAAAUGCAAAAUACAGUUGAUUUUGGGUUUAGAUUUGGAUAUGAAAUGUAUGAAAUAUAUAGUUCAACAAAAUUGUUUACAGUUAGAAAUUAGAUAGGAAGUGGAUGGAA